CAUAGUUUAAUCCUAUUAUUAAAUCAGAAUUGAAGUUCUACACUAACUCAAAAAUCCAAAAAAAAAAAAAAACAAAAGGAAACCUUUUUUAUAGCCAAUAAAAAGGUACACCAAUUGUUAAUUUAGCCCCAAGAAUAGGGAUCUUCCCAAUUCUCCCAAAACUCUCUCCUUUUUUAUAUAUAUCUCCUCUUGAUUCUCUGCAUCUUUUCUUCUUCAAAAACUCUUCCUUUUGUUUUCAAUUUUCAUUCCCCCUUUCUCUCUCUCAACCUCUGUUUUCUUUUUUUUUUCCCCUUCUCUUUUCCUCAUUCAAAUAGCUCACUUCUCUGGUUCAAUUAAAACAGAGAAAUCAAAAUGAGCUGGAAAAGGGGUGCCAUUAAACGGACUGUUUUCCACCGUACUGUUUCAUCAUCGUCCCACAAAACCCAUGAUCAAAAUCUCAACUUCAAAAUGCCACGUGUCGUCAGGAUACAGUUCACCGAUUGUGAUGCCACCGAUUCCUCCGGCGACGAGGACGACGACGAUGACCGGUGUCAGCCGGAGUUCCAUUUACGGCGUUUCCCUCGUACUAAAAAGUUCGUGAACGAGAUCAUAAUUCACGAAAAGGAGAAUCUUUGCUGUCAGGGAGGCGGCGAUACGGCGGUGAAGGGAGGAGGAAAGGAGAAGAAUAAGAAGAAGAGGCCGUCGGGGAAUUCCGGUGCUACCCAAACGGCGGAGGGAAGAACUGUGAAGAAGUAUCGAGGCGUACGGCAGCGGCCUUGGGGGAAAUGGGCUGCGGAGAUUAGAGACCCGACCCGGAAAGCGAGGAUUUGGUUAGGGACUUACGAUACGGCGGAAGAAGCUGCCAUGGUUUAUGACAGAGCCGCGAUUCAGAUACGUGGGGCCGAUGCUUUGACCAAUUUCAUCAAACCGCCGGUGAAGAAGCCGGAGUUGGUGGUGGAGACUACUCCCACUUCGAUAUCCGGGUAUGAUUCCGGCAAGGAUUCGUCGGAGGUAACGAACCUCUGUUCUCCGACCUCUGUUUUAAGGUUUGAAGGAAAUGAGGAAAAACGAAGUGGGCAAAGCGACGUCGUUGCAAGAGAUGAUCAUGAUAACAAGAGUGGAAUUGACUGGAAACCGUCUGAGCCUUUGGCGAUGGGGAAAGGUUUUUUCAAAUCAUUGGACGAGGAUGAAUGUUUUGUGAUGGAUGAAUGUCGUUUAGACGAUUAUUUCAAUUUCACUUCUCCAGCACCUAUAAUUUUUGAUGAAAAAAUUGGAGGUGAUGAUGAUUCACAAAAGGGGGAUUUUUGUGAUUUUGAUGAUGUUUCGUUGGGUUUUGAAGAUGGCUGUGGCGGUGGUGAUGAUCUGAUGAGUUCUUGUUGGGGUCUUGAAGAAAUUGAUGAUUUCUUGGAAGAUCAAUUGUUAGCUUCUUGAUUAUAUUAUGAUAAACAUAAAUCUCCGGAAUAAUUUUUUAUGGAAAUUUGGGUUUUCAUCUUGGAGGGCUAACUUGUUUAGUUGCUGCAGUAAUCUUAAUUUAGUUCUACUAGCAUUCUGACCGGAGUGUAAGAUGGAAGUAAAUUUUGUGAAUGGUUAUGACAAUUGUAUAAAGUUAGUAUUUUCAUGGUUCCUCAGUCUCUUUUGUUUUCUCUCUAUGUUUUUUUUUAACACGUUUUGAAUUCAUCGGGUUACAAGGUUGAUGGAUCAAGUUUCGGUUGUUCGAAUGAGGUAAAUUGCUAGACUCAUUAUUCCUUACAACUUACUAGUCAUUAAGGAGUACUUAGUAACUUGUGAGUGGUGUUGAAUGAAAAUCAAUCUCCUUAAUUUAACCUUAUUUUCUGCUUCGGCUUGUAUUUUCAAUUUGGGAAGUAGAAAAACGUGUAAUUGGACUAUGUUAGAG